AUGUCAUUGCUACAGAAACUGCCUAAAGUAACUUCCAUUGAUUAUUACUUUGAUAUUGUCUCUAUCCCUGCUUGGGUUUUGUUUGAGAGAUUUUCAAUUUUGAAAGCAACUCACAACGAAAUUAAUUUUAAUUUUCGCCCUGUACAUGCUGGAAGUUUGUUUACAACAAUUGUUCCCUAUACCACUCCAAAUUUAAAAAAGAAUUAUUUUGAAGAGCAAAGAUUGUUUGCACGACUACAUGGAUUAAAUAUUAGGACUGAUCCCGAAACAAUAGACAAUCUAUUGGACGGCAUUUCCAGCUCUUUCCACCCCCAAUGUGCAUUGAACAUGGUUGCCUCAAAAUUCGGAUUUUCUGCAUUUCAAAAAAUUUCAAGACAAUUUUGGCAAAGAAUUUGGGUUGAAAACAAAGCGUUAAAUUCAGAAAAGGAUUUGGAAGAGGCUCUUAAUUCUUCCCAGAUUUGUUUGGAUUUCGGUUUGAACGAGAAUUCAUUCUCAAAUGAUGAAUGGUGUAAUAGACUAAACGAAAACCAUAGAGAGGCUGUGGAGGCAAAGUGUUUCGGCAUCCCUUGGACUGUUCUUCAUUUUGAAAACGAUUUAAAUUCAAGAAAAGAAUUUUUUGGAAUAGAUUCUUGGCCUCUAAUUUGUCAAUAUUUAAAAAUACCCCAAAAGAUGUUUGGUGAUGUUUUGUUGUUUUGAUUUUUAAUUUUUGGGUGAUCAUAUUAUUUAGGACCCUUUUUUCGUUUCUUCGUUUAUUCCUGGAGGUUAGAGGUUAUUUUUGGAUUUUAGUGACUUUGUUGGAUUUUAGUGACUUUGUUUAAGUUUGAAAAAAAAAGUCCGCAAAUAUCUGUCCGCAAACUUUUUUUUGUCCGCAAAAUUUUUUUGAAACCUCCAAUCAUUCCCUUUAGUGUUAAAGCUUGUUGCUACUUUUUUUUUGGUUUUUUUAUUUUUACAAAAUGGGGUAAUUUUGCUAUUCCCCUCAUUUCCAUCUUUUUUACAGUCCAUUUAUAUAUUUUAUCAAAUUACCUUUUU